UAUAAUGUGAUUUUGAAGACUUGAAUUCAAACUAAUACACGUCUCAUUAAACAUGAUAAUAGAACUACCACCACAAUUAACAAAUCAUGACAUUUGGGAGGACUUUCUUCAUUCCGUACUCUAGAAAGAAAGGGCAACAUGACAAAUAUCUAAUAUCAUAACUAUAAUACAAGACAAAAGAAGAGUUUUUAAGUGGUGAGAACGAAGAGAGUGAAAACUGAAAAAAGAAAAAAAGAAAAAAAAAUGGAAAACUUAUGGAUGAUCAUCCUCAUCCUCAUCCUCAUCCUGACUACCUUCUUUUUCAUCAUCUCAAAAUCCAAAACUAAAAAGCUGCCACCAGGGCCUCUCACCAUUCCCAUCUUGGGCAACAUCAUAUGGCUCCGCAAAUCAUUCUCAGAGCUAGAGCCCAUCCUCCGCGACCUUCACACCAAAUACGGCCCCCUCGUUUCUCUCCACAUCGGUUCCCGCCCAGCCCUCUUCGUUGCCGACCGCUCUCUCGCUCACCAAGCCUUAAUCCAAAACGGCGCCGUCUUCUCCGACCGCCCACCCGCUCUCCCUACCAGCAAAAUCAUAAGCAGCAACCAACACAACAUCAGUUCCGCCGCGUACGGUCCCACGUGGCGUCUCCUCCGCCGCAACCUCACCGCCGAGAUUCUCCACCCUUCGAGGGUCGAGUCCUAUUCCGGUGCGCGCAAGUGGGUCCUAGACAUUCUCCUCACCCGCCUCUCUUCUCAAACUCAAACCAAUGAACAGGUCCGAGUGAUGGACCACUUCCAAUACGCCAUGUUCUGCCUCUUGGUGCUGAUGUGUUUCGGGGACAGACUCGAGGAGCCGAAGAUCAAGGAAAUCGAGACCGUUCAGCGUAAUUUGUUGCUGAGCUUCAGACGGUUCAAUACGCUCAAUUUCUGGCCUAGUUUGACAAAGGUUGUGUUAAAAAAGCGAUGGCAGGAGUUUUUUCAGCUGCGCAAGGAUCAAGAAGCGGUUCUGGUCCCCUUGAUAGAGUCCCGGAGGAAUGUCAAGAAAGAAGAACAAGCAAUGGUAUGUUAUGUGGAUAGUUUAUUGGGCUUGGAGUUGGCGGAGGAAGAGAAUAAGAGGAAACUCAAAACAGAGGAAAUAUUGAGUCUUUCCUCGGAAUUUCUGGACGCUGGGACUGAUACGACUUCGACGGCACUUCAAUGGAUCAUGGCGAAUUUAGUGAAACAUCAGGAGAUUCAAAACAAACUGUACGAGGAUAUUAAAAAGGUAAUGAAACAUGAUCAUGAUGAAAUCGAAGAGAAGUAUUUGGUUAAGAUGCCAUACUUACGAGCAGUGAUAUUAGAAGGGCUGAGGCGUCACCCACCGGGGCACUUCGUGUUGCCGCACGCGGUGACCAAGGACGUUGUUUUGGAUGGAUAUGUGGUCCCUAAAAAUGGUAGUGUUAACUUCAUGGUAGCCGAGAUGGGAUGGGACCCCAAGGUGUGGGAAGAUCCCAUGGCUUUCAAACCAGAAAGAUUCCUCAUUAAUGAUAAUAAGGUUGAGUUUGAUAUAACAGGAAGUAAAGAGAUCAAGAUGAUGCCUUUUGGGGCUGGGAGAAGAAUAUGUCCUGGCUAUGGUUUGGCCAUACUUCAUUUGGAGUAUUUUGUGGCCAAUUUGAUUUGGAAGUUUGAGUGGAAUAAAGCCAAUGAUGAUGAUGAUGUUGACUUGUCUGAGAAACAAGAGUUCACCGUUGUUAUGAAGAAUCCUUUGCAAGUUCGCUUGUCUCCAAGGACUCAUCACCAUUAAUUAUAAGAAUAAUAAUAACCACGCCACCAGCUUAGAACUAUUAGUACUGCUAGUAGCCUAGUACUAUGUAUCACUACUACUUAUUUAUGUGUAUGUAAGUGUUAUUAUGUUUACCUCAUUCUGUAUUGAUCACUUUAUUUCCAGUUCCAAUAUAUGAACUAUGAAUAGAUUGAUCUGCCUCUGUCAA